GUAGCACUGCACCCGAUAAUUUCACCAUCCAAGCAGUCAUAUCAACCGCGAGAAGCUACCUCGACCGAGAGUCUGCUAUGGGUUCGAUCAAAUAUCAGUCAUUGUCUGCAAAGUCACAGCAGAUGUUCAAAGGACACGGAACAACUCCUACCUACCAGAACACUCAGCAUUGAGAGCUUGCCGGAUGGCGUUAUGAAGGUACGCCUAUGUGAGACUAAAGGUGUGCGGGGGAGAUACGCAUGUCUAAGUCAUCGAUGGGGUGGAUCUGAAAUGGCUCUGACCACCCGGGCUACAUAUGCCAACAAGCUCGAUGGGAUACCCUGGGGCGAAAUACCGAAAACGUUCCAGGAUGCCAUCACGUUUGCAAAAUCGUUGGAAAUCGCCUACAUCUGGAUCGACAGCUACUGCAUCGUUCAGGACGAUGACAAUGAUUGGAAGCAGGAGUCUGAGAGAAUGGCUGAUGUCUACCGAUCCUCAUACAUCACGAUAGCGGCGACUGUGGCACAAAACAACGAAUCCGGACUCUUCUGGCCAAAUGACAUGUCUCACGAAAAGGUCUUUCAGGCCGGGCUGCAAGGACUCUCUAGAACUCUGUUAGUACGACGGGUCAUGCAGCACUGGGAGCGGGUAUGGACGUCGAAUAGCGAGAGCCGGUUUCCUCUACUUACAAGAGCCUGGGUGUUCCAGGAGAGAUUACUAGCCCCUCGAGUUGUGCAUUUCAGUCACCUCGAGCUCGUGUGGGAAUGCAACGGACAGGGUGACUGCCAAUGCGGCUCUUUCGACAACCGUUCAAAUGCGAAGGGCAUGGAAUGGUAUCUAAACAACUCAUGGCGAUAUGCCAUUGAGUUGUUUAGUUCUCUGAAGCUCACAAGGGAGUCGGAUCGUCUUACAGCACUACAUGGAUUUGCGACAUUCUAUGCGCCCAUUGUCGCAGCCACCUUGGAAAAGGAUUAUUCCUCUGGACUGUGGAAGCACUCAUUACCUCUCGAUCUCCUAUGGCGAGUCGAUCCCACCACGCUAUCGAGUUCGAGUCCGCCACGUUUGUGCCGCUGUUGGGAUUCUGAGAUCAGCUCUUCGAGCUUCGUACCGCCAGGGAAAUUAUCGGUCCGUACAGAUUACCGGAUAGCAUACAGUUCUCAGCUGUCAAAACGUUGUCAAUACUCAUAUUCUGCCGCUUGUUCCAGUGAGUGUCUUCGUAGGAGAAAGCUCUGUCGCUUUGGGAACUUCGCGGCUGCUAUCAGCCCGUACUAUGCGGUCAAUGAAGUGAGCUGUGUUGACGGAAAGCAAAGUCAUGCCAACAUAGUCAGUCUGUACGUUCAGGAAAGGGCGAACCCAAGGAGUAAAGAGCAGUCGGACCCUCACAGUGACGCAGCGCCAUUUCCAUCCUGGUCUUGGGUGUCUGCGCGCAGCCGAGUUAAGUACUGGCACGAUUUGGAACUGAAAGCAUACGACUAUGGUCGACUCGCAUGUAUCGAUGGUACUACUAUACGCGCGACUGGAAAAAUCCUUGGAGCCACUCUUGUGUACGAUGAAACACUGGAGCUAGGAAGUAAAAACAUUCGACCGCACCAGGCUCCAGGUGCAGACGAGGCCCCUUUCUUCGAACACCACCAUCAAAUCUUGACUUACUCCGUAAGCAUAAGUCACUCCGACGGCGACGGGUCUUCAAAGUUCCCCUUCUUCCCAGACUCCAUACUAUGUUUGGAGGGUACGACAUAUCUUCGCAACUUCACUCCAAUAUUCUUGUUUCAUGUCACCAGUAACGUAUAUCUGGUGCUUAAGGAAGUACGAUAUGACGAAGAGGAGCACGACGAUAGGGACUACAAAAGAUGGAUCAAUUAUAACAACGCUUUGCAACACACUCAAGCAGUAUUAUUGACCUGCCGUUCUCCGGAUCAUAGCCGAGAAGACGCGACGAUCAGCGUCAACAUCACACAAGCUUCGCAGUCAUAUCACUCAUUGGAACGACCAUUUCUUUUCAACCACGCAGAUCCUGCCUUCCAUAAAAGCGAAUCCUCCCAGCGGUUUUGGAAAAGACUUCUAGGACCAGCAGUCUACAAAGAUCCGCCAGACCGUCUUCUUCCGCCAGAAAACACGACGCAAACACCAUUUGUGGAAUCUCCAGCACAUCCGUCAAAUGCUCCUCCAUCGUCAACGACCUCAGGGCUGAAGGAAAAUCUUUUCGAUAUACCAGUUCGGCUUGCAACCCCAACAGCAGCAAAGCAAAACGACCGCGAAACCAUUUCUACAGGACAGGACACUGAUCCCAAUUCUACGCAUCCAAUCCAAAGUGCCUCGAAAGACCCUUUGCCACAUGACACCAGAGGCAAAUCCGCCGAACAGUCACAGUCACAGUCACAGCCACCAAAAACUGCUAGCGCAAAGUUGUUCGCAUUUCCAAGACGCGAAAAAUUAAAAUAUCCGUUCCAACGAAUUGGCGUUCUGAGAAUUCCUGGGAGUCCACAAGAUAUCUUGAAAAAGCAUUCCUUGUGGGAUCAAACCAUCUUCAUCCAAUGAUCAGUUGUCAAGUUGGGUGCCGGACCAACAUUGCGCUCUUCGACGAGCCAUACAUCACCAUGAUACUGAUUUUACCGCCCUUUCUGUUUCUCCUAUCAUGGUCGUCGUAGAUGUUGGAACGGCAGAGACGUUACUCGCCACAUCACACAGCGACAAGUUUCCGUGCUAUCCCAA